AUGGUAGAAGGUGAUCAUAAAUUAAUAGUCGAAACAGAGACUGUAGAGGCCCCGGUAUCUAGUCUACUGAUGGCCAGUACUGGCACAGGAAAUAAUGGGGCAGGUGGGAAUGUCAACUGUGCGAAAGUACAACUUAAAGACGCGUUAGAACAUGGUGUGCCUCCUGCGGCGAUUAAGACAGUAACUGCAAAUUCUCUGGGCUCAAAGAACGAUGCCGGUUUAUUAAAGAAAAACUAUUCUGUCUUGCCUGCUGGGGCUUCCUCAGUGGCUCAUGACGGUCUCACGGAUAGUGGGUCGAACAUCAACCUCAUAGAUAACAAUCCGUUAUCCCCUCAUAUAUCACAGGCCUCUGUGCGUAAUAAGAAGAGCUCUUUACUAAUAGAUUCGGCGAAUGAUAAGACAGCAGAGGGCGAUGAUGUACCGAAAGGUAGAGGUAUGGAAGGUGAUAAGACGUUGAGGAAGCAUAUGGAGGAGAUUGCCAAUGCUAAUCGUGAUGACGUUGAAAGUAAAACGAAUGGGGAAACCGAACACAAUGUAUCGCGCUCUGCGCAAUCAUCGAAAACAAGUACUACGGUUCCUACACCACUGAUGUUACCAGUAGCGACACAUGCGAUCGCCGGAGCAAUUGUACCGCCAACUUCAACGGUGAGUGCUACGACUGGAACGCAGGCCAAUAGACCUACUGAGACAAAACCAUCCAAGAUCAUCGAGAGACCGCCAAUAACAGCUACGAACUCACGAGACGUCCUGUUGGAUGACGAAGUACGGAAAAAAGCUGUUAAUGGUACUACUACUGGUGGGGUCAACGCGAACGCCGAUCUGGCGUUGAAAAAGAGUUCAACAGUUCAUUCAGAGGAUAUCCAUCACGAUCUCGAUUCUCUGCAAAAACCAACGAAGGCAGAUUUUUUUGCGGCAAGAUUAGCGUCAGCAGUAGGUGAGAAUGAAAUCAGUGAUUCAGAGGAAACUUUCAUUUACGAAUCGGCGGCUAAUUCUACUAAAAAUGCCAUAGCACCACCGGCCUUUGAUCAACAUAACGACCAUAGUCAACAACUACAGCAUGGUAUAGCUUCAAAGAUGAGUGUUCCAGUGUUAAACAACAAUGCAAAAUUGUUGUCUCGGUUGAAAAAUACAAGACACACCAGUAUGAGUGCUCUGCCGAUAUCAGCAUCAACAAAGCAUCUUGCUAAUGACAUAGCGAAUAGAAACGAAUCACUGGUUACUAGUACACCGGUGCCCAAUCCUACGAGUUCGGCCCCAAACGAUGAUGCGGCCAGUACAAAGUCCUCAGAUCAUUUGAACGGCGCUAAGGUGAAUGAUUUGCAAUCCGUUAAAUCAGUACACUCAGAAAUGCGCUCACCAGAUAAGAGACUCAGCUUGACUUCCAUGGGUAAGAUGAAUCCAACAGGUAACCUGCUUAAUAAUGCAACAAAGAACGGUCAUACGUCUAGGAAACCAUCAGUAUCGAAUUCCACUUUACGACAUGUUUCAUCCACGCAAGCGGGUACAGCGAGAGGUAAAUUCGUCACCAAGCCCGACGGCGACAACAAUAAGCGAAAUCUGCGCACCACGGCUUCAAAGAUUUUUGAUGCAAAUGGUGCCCCGCUUAGAAGGUACUCGGGAGUUCCAGAUGAUGUCAACUUGGAAGAUUUCAUAGAGCAGUCGAAUGGGCACUAUAUGACAAAUCCUAGCAACCAAAGAGAUGACAGGACUCGAAACUUUCUGGAAAAUAAUCACAAUAAUGACAAGAGGUUUAGUCGUGACAUGACGGAGCCAUACAACAGAAGCGCGAUUCAGGAGGAAGAAGGCGAAAACGACCGCGAUGAGGAUGACCUUCGUUCUAUGUUUUACUACAACCAUAGAGGCGACUUGGAGGCCAGACCACAGAUAUCUGAUUAUGAAGAAGACGGCGAAGGUAUUGACGACGACAACCAUGAUGACAAAUAUUACAAUGGAUCGUUUCGAAAUGGAUACAAUGGCAAUGGCAGCGCCAAUUACGAUAAUGGUCGACCAACGAGACUUUUAGAAUCUCAAUUCUCACCUUCGGAUAUGCAUUUCGCACCACAUAAUUUUAAUCAGCCAAAUCCAAAUGGAGCCCAGAAUGCACAGUACAAUUCAAAUGCGAAUGAACAAACUCCGCUAAGAAUUAGAAAGCCCCUCUCGAGAAAUCAGUUAAGUUACUCACCGCACAAUUUCUACACUAGAAAAUCCUCAUGGGCUAAAAUCAGGCAUUGCGUAUACUUUACGUUUAUCGUUAUCUCUUUGUUGACAGUUGGGUUCAUCCUUGGUUUCCUCUUAGCUACCAACAAGGAGUUACAAGGUUUCAACAUAGUUAUAAUGGACAAUAUCCUAUCAAGUUCAGACGAAUUACUCUUUGACAUUACGGUGACCGCCUUUAAUCCAGGUUUCUUUGCCAUCGGUGUGCAGGACGUCAAUCUGGACAUUUUUGCCAAGAGCAGCCACAUACCGAAAACCAUGAUGUUAGAGAGCGGCUCUAAUACCUCUCCGUCGAGAGAAACCAUUCUACUGGGGACAGUUUGCAGUCUCGAAACUCCAUUGAAAUUCGAAGGCGGUUUCCUCAAAAGAAGCUACGACGUUUCAGUUUCAACAGUGAAACUACUCGAUCCAGGUUCUAAGGCAGAUAAUCCCGACGAUGAUGAAGGCAAGAAGGGUGACUCGCAAAAGAAAGACGACGUUGCCAAGUGGAAGUCGCUUAUCCAGCAUGAGUACGAACUUAUAGUAAGAGGAAGCAUGCAGUACAAGAUUCCAUUUUUCAGAAGUAACAAGUCCAUUGCCGUUCAAAGCAGCGCAGAUGUUCAUCCGGGAAAGGACGGCGACGAGGAAUACAACAAGUUUCUCCUUCUAUAA